AGCAUCACUUCAUCCCAGCAUCACCUGCCAUCGUUUGCUUAAGGGUUUAUUGAAGAAGAACGUGCGGCUGACAGUUUAUCUGAUGUGCAGCGAUCAGUUCCUCCCGGAAUUCUGAGGCGUUUUGAUCGCAUCGGACGUAGGUAGCAACGUGAAGUGUUACACCCACAUGGGCAGCGUCCUGGCUUUGACCUGUGGUCCGGGCCAUCAGAACUGGCCUUUCUCCACGGACCCCCCUCCUCCUCGCUGGGACACACAUCCUGCUCACUGGGACAGUCCACCGCGCUGGGAAAAGAGAGAUGGCCGCCUGCCCAACCCAGGCAGCUUUCACUCUCUCCAUAGGAGCUGCAAAGAUGUUUUUCCUCAACAAAUUGAAGGCGUUAAGAUGAUCAUCAAUAAAACUCUGAGCAGCUUCUUCAAGGCCAGUCACACUCUGCAUCUCAGUGCUGUUAGUCCUUCGCACUAUCGGUUCCACGUGGAGCAUCUGCAGUCUGAUGAUUACAGCAAAGACAAGGAUGCCCCAGCACUGAUCGGUGAGGUGGACUCUUCAGGUAGCCUGAACGCUCACGCUCUCGUGCAUCUCACUGAGCGCGUACGAGCCAGGUCCGUCUUCCAGACUCAGCAGUCCCAAUUUGUAACGUGGCAGUUUGAGACCGAGUACAGAGGGAAUGACUUCACUGCCGCUGUGACAGUAGCUAACCCGGACGUCCUCAGAGAGUCAGUUAUCCUUGUGGCACACUUCCUGCAGAGUGUGUCUUCUGGGCUGGUGUUAGGAGGAGAGCUGGUCUACCAUCGCGGCAGAUCGGAGGAAGGAGGAAUUCUCACUUUGGCUGGACAGUACUCUAGACCAAACUGGGUGGCGACACUGAAUGCGGGAAAAGGAGGUGCCCAUGCCAGCUACUAUCACAGAGCUAACAAACAGAUCCAAGUGGGAGUGGAGUUUGAAGCCAGUACCAGGACACAAGAGACCACAGCCUCGUUUGGGUAUCAGAUGGAACUCCCAGAGGCCAACAUGGUGUUUCGAGGUAUGAUAAACAGUCGGUGUAUAAUAGGAGGCGUGUUGGAGAAGCGCCUGACUCCGCUCCCUGCCACCUUGAUCAUGGGUGCCUUUGUAAAUCACAGAGGUGACAAGCUGCAAGUGGGGCUUGGCGUCAAUGUGGGAUAAUCCUCCACUAACCCCUGCUGUUCAUACAGCCCAACAUGGGGAGGACCGUCCAGGGACCAGUUCGAGAGGCUUCUCAAUAACCCAACCUUUCAAAUUUGAUCUGCUUCGGUAAAACACUUGGAACCAGCAGAGUAUUGUGGAUUGUUUUUAGACCGUUGAAGCCCAAAAUGUUUCCAUAAAACGAUGCAUCUAAUCUUGCAACCUACCUCUUGAAUGGUGAUGAUGUUCUCUGAUCGCGACAAGAGGAUUACACUGGAUUAACAUUUGAGAGGCUCCACAUAGUGACUUGAGAUGCGUUUUCAUCUCUCCCUGAAACCAGACUGGACACCACCCUCUGGACAAUGGAAUAGAGACAUUCUUUACUUUCAACUGAAAAUAAAAUAAAAUUUUAUACUGUAGCUAGACAUAAAGAAAAUAUAUGUUUAAAGAUUGCAUUCAAAGCUAUGUAUGGUUUUAUGUCUAAGACCAUUAACUAUGGUUUGUGUAUACCCGACCUGGAUGUUAACAAUUUUCUCCAGCAAAUUAUUGUGGUAUGUAAGAGCAAUACAUAAUCUUCCCCAUCAUCCAUGCGUUCGAUUCUGUGCAAUUGCCAAUCUUCCAUCUCCACCAGGGUAUAAAAGUGUGUGAGUGCUCCCCACAGGAGCAAAUGGACCGUUGUGCUGCGCGUAAUGUUAGCCCCAGGU